GAGAGUUAAACAAGUUCAAUUUCAAUUAAAAACACCUUGUCUUCUUCAUCAGAGUCAUUUAUUUGUAGCUGUAUUUAGAUUUGAAUGUAUAUGUGUGACAGAUUUAGGGGUACAGAACAGAGAGUGAUUGAGCUAAUUAUACCACUUUUCCACCCAAUUUCUCCUCUCUCUCCACCCCUCUCUCUUUUCCUAUUUUUGCUUCAGCUUAAGUGGUUUCUUAUCUCAUCCGAGGAAUUUCCCUGAGAGGACUAAACUGAUCGGGAGAGUACAGGAUAACAUCAAGUCCUCGGCAAAAGAAGUCUGAUGUUGUCUGAAGAAUAAGUUGGGCUGAUUUCAUCUUAAAAGUGACUUCUAGUCUAUAAGACACCAAAAACAGAAAUCAGGGCUUUUCUGGUUAUUGCCACAGAAACAAGUCUAAAAAGCAAGAUGGUUAUUUAAUGCACCUCGAUGUUUGUGCAUUCUCAAAAUGAGAAAGUACUGCCACAUAAACAACAGCUAAAUUGUGUCAGUGGAGGUCCUUCAUUAAUAUGUUAUGGAUUUAGAUUUAACAGUUGAUCAAGUGAGUUCCUGAGCUUGUAGAAUUUGUAUUUUUCUUCUUAAAACACUUGUUAUUUUUUGUAUCUGUUGCAUUUAAUAUACUCCAUUUUAUAUAGAUAACCAUUCACGAAAAGAGGAGGAGCAUUCUUGUUUUUUUGUUGUUGUUGUUGUUUCUUUCUUUGUUUUGUGCCAAUGCAGCAACUUUAUAUUGUCUAAUAUAUUACAUCAAUGUAAAAGGCUGUAUUUCAUGGCGUUAAAAUUUUAAAUAAAAAUACUGUGUAAAAUAACACAUGGCCUAUUAUAAUAAAACUUAGAUCAACUUAAAAUCAACCCUAUUUUUUAAGACAAAUGAAUAUGAUGAUAUAGAUUAUAGGACAAGCUGCAGCAAUGUUUGGGUGUUUCAAUUCCUAUUAACAAAGAAGGUACAGAUCAUCUGACACAAAUAAAUGCAUACAGAAUAUUUCAGGUGUGGUCUUCUUGUUUUGUGUUAUUAAUAAUGUCUCUAAUUACAUUUCACACAAUUUCAGCCUUUGUCAUAAUAAUUAAGAGUAGCCCAAGUUGACAUGCAAGUCUUUAGCAUUGAAGUUUGUUAUUUUCAUCACCUCACUUGAACAGCGUGGACCAAAGACACUCACCUUAUCAACCCUGUAUCCCAGAAGCUGUUCAGUCCUCCCCUGCACUUUUGCCAAAGUCUUCAUUUUGCAUCCCUUUCUCUUCCGUUUGUCCUAAUGUGGCGUCCUUUCUCUUCACCUUAAUGUUUUUAAAUUCACUCUUCUUCCCUCAUUUAAGCAUCCAUGUCCGAUCCUUUGAUUUUUAUUUAAUCAAAAGACAAGUUGAAAAGCUUCAGAAAAAGAUCUCUGCCGUCCUGCCUGACGUCCAACAGAAGGACUAAAGCAGACAAUCUAUAUGCUUUGAACCAGGUUUCUUUUUCUCCUCAGGGCAGAUGGGACAGCUGUUGAAUUGCAGUGGGAUCUGUUCUCAGGCCCUUCUGGAUAAGAGAGGGGUCAAUCUGUCCUGACAGGUUCAGCCACGUCCCUCUAGUCCCACAGGCUAAUUUCAGUCUGUGACCAUUCCCAAAGAAGGAGUUUUAACUAACUCAAAAACUGCUUUAUUAUUAUAAUUGAGUAUACCAGAUCUUACUGCCUGUAUGAAUUCCUUUAUAAUUACAGUUUUUCUUAGUCGCUUUGGCUCAUUUUUUGAAACGGUCUUAACUUUCUCUAAACUGAAAGUGCAAUUGUCACAACUGUUUGAUGGGACAUCACAACUCCACUGCAAUUCUCAUUCAAGAAUUGAGCCAAAGCGAAUGUGAGAAACUGUAUUAGUCCUGUUUCAUUCAUUUACAGCUUUUAGUCCUGUUUUUAUGACUGCAGUGCAAGCUCCAAAAGUUUAAAUCCUCUUAGACCUCGCUUCAUAGAACGCAGAUGCAUUUCAGAUUUAAAUCAUGUCCAUGCAGUUUGUACAUUCCUGAUAUUUACUAGGACACAUAUACAACUACUCAUCAGUUUCACUCUAUUGUGACCAAAUUAUAAAGACUGAAACUGUGCGAGAGAUCCCCAUCCUGUGGUAUAUCUGAGGAACAUCAUCACUCAGCCAAGGCUGCCGCUGCUGUUCAGUGAAAUGACUUUUGUUGCUGUUUCAACUGUUGGAAUCUGUCCCAUCUGCUCAGAGCAGGUCAGUCCCCUCUGGUGGGAUUUGAUCAUCUGCUAGUCCAUCUAACAAUUAAUUUGAUUCCUCUGGCUUAAGCAGCUUACAGUUAACAACUUAUACGUUUACAAUUGGAUUAAAGAGUUAUUUGUGGACAGAAUACAAAAUACUGUUCUGUGUUUUAAUAAGCGAUUGCUUGCAUAAAUGCAUAUUUAUUCAUAUUUGACAGAAGAUGAGGUGCGGUUGUUGCUGACAUGUGUUUGUUAUUCUUCCUCCAAGUUUUCCUCAAUGUUCUGUUUCUGUUUUAAUUUUUUUUUUUAAGUUUCUCAUCAUGAUUUGUGCUCUAUCGUUUUGGGUCAAAUGUACCAGUGAUGACAGGCGAAUUAACUUAUUUUCCACAAAAAAAAGUAUCAAAAUAAAGACAAAAAAGUGAAGAAAAUAACAUAGAAACUCUCUUUAGUUUAGCCAAUUAUAAACAGGUAUAAGUAGCAGGUAGUAUGGACAACACAAGUGUUGAGUUGAAAGAUGAAGCAGAAAGUAAUCCUCUCCAUAAAGCUGUUGUAAGUGGGAUGAGCUAAGCACAGAAGCUGAACAUACAGCGUCUCUGUGAAGACUCUGCGAAGACUCCUCCUCUCAGUUUUAUGUCAUCACGACGAAUAUGUGGGGAUGGAAAUGGGUAAAGUACCUCUAUUUACAGGCCCAGGAGGAAACUGUGACCUCUCGGCUGCUCUGAAAACACAGUAGCAGCGUUGGAGGAAGUCAGGAGUCACGGACCGACACGCCUGGAUACAGUUACAUUUACAGCUGAUUGAUUACCCCUUAUGAUGUAGCCAAAAGGACACAGCAGCAUCUCACCUGUUCUGCUGUUAGAAGAUGGCCACUGCAGCAAAGGACCCCUACCUGGGCUCAGGCCCUGAUGAGGACGACGUGUCUCUGUCGGAGUCCGAUUCAGACAGCAUCCUCUCCGAUGACUCGGUGCUUCCAGACUACACAUCGGAGACGACUGAUAGCCGUGCGGCAUCGACACUGUAUCAAGCAUGCGCCCGUAAUGAACACGUCUCUCUGCGGAAAGUUCUGGAGAGGGGGGUCACGAAAGAGGAGGUCAGAGAGCUGGACAUCAAUGGAUGGAAUGGCUUGAUGGUGGCUUGCUGCAAAGGCUUCGUGGACAUCGUAUACGGGCUUCAAACCUGUCCCUUUAUAGACAUAAACCACCAGGACAACGAAGGCAACACUGCUGUGAUGAUUGCAUCCCAAGCCGGACAUGUCAACACAGUCAUGUACCUCCUAAACUACUAUCCUGGUAUAGACACUGAAAUAAGGGAUUGUCGAGGUUUCACAGCCCUCAUCAAAGCUGCAAUGACUGGCCGCACUGACGUCAUGGCUGCCCUCGUUAUGGCUGGAGCAGACAUACAUGCAGUAGACACCACCAGAGGAAAAUGCGCUCGGGACUGGGCGCUGAAAACAGGUCGCUAUGAGACCCUGCAUCGUCUCCGCCGCCUGAAUAUGCGGCCAAAAGCUGAGCAGUGCUGUGAAAGUUAUGUCCCUGAUUGGCCUGAGCUCCAGGAGAGGGUAGCCAAGGCCACAUCUGAGAAAACUGCCAAGGAAAAAAUCACCCAGCGGAUCAAAAGCUCAUUUGGAUUCAGGUUUCCUCGUGACCCCCAGGACGACGGGGCCUUGGACCACAUGGUGCGCAUGACCACCAGUGUCCACAGUCCCCUAAUCUCAACUGGAUGUCGUCCACUCUGCCCUACGAGCCCUCCUGAGGUGGGGAAGAGGCGCCUGGCUGUGCCAGAGCUGAUGAAGAAACACCCGGAUAAGGAACUAGAGGAGAGCCCAGUGUGCCACAGCAACGGCUCAGUAUCGCACAUGAUUCCCUCAAUCCACUCUGCAGAGGCCAUCCAUACAACGUGCUGCGCCGAGACAGAGCGGCGAGACAGCUUGCUCUCAUUGGCCUCCGCCAAAGUGGCUACCGCAUUCAUUCCCCGUAGUAUGGCGAGAAGGAACAGCAUAUUCCCUUCCGGCUGCAUCCCCAAGAUCGACAUCAGCAGGCCUUCAGAUGCAACGCCAAAGAAAGAAAAGAAGAAGAAGAAGAAGAGGGAAAAUGGCUUCCUGGAACUGCCCAAGCCGAGGUACAAGGAAAUCAAGGAGGAGAAAAAGAGGGAGAAGAAGAAAGCUGACCAAGAAAAGGCAGAGAAAGAGAAGGAGAAAAAGGAGAAAAAGAAAGGAAAAGACGACAAGAAGGCCAAAAAUUAAGUGUUUCAAAAAAAGGGCUGUGGUGCUGUACGAAUCAUCCCAUUUGAGAACAAUAUGGUUUUUAAAAAUGUGUUCAACUCUCAAAUUUCAAACCAAAUAUCUUGGAAAUAUUCAGCAAAUAUAGAACCUAUAACCUUAAAGGGAAAAUAGGUAAGAGAGGAGAUAUUUCUUUCUUCCUAAAACUGAAAGACGGAGGACUUCAACGAGCAUUGCAGAGACUCUAUGGGAGGAGUUUGAAGCUUUUAGCCUCUAAUGUCUGAAGGUAUAUAUUACAUAUAUUUUGAUUAGGAUAGAAAAAAACAUUUAUUUUUUUUUAUUAAUAUAUUCAAACAUUAUUAUGCUACAAUGUAUGAAAACUAGGGAUGUGACGAUUCACUCAGCUCACGAUACGAUACGAUAUUAUAACAAGAAUUUUAACAAAACUUGAAUGGUGAAAAUAUAUGACUGAAAAAAAGGAGGCUCUGUCGUCUGCAUCCUUGUCAGUAACAGCGUAUCACUGCUUCACAUCUUCCGUUCCUCCCUUCACAAUAAACUCCCUGGACACGUACACUGAAACACGGCUUACUAGACGGAACUAAAGUCAUUCACAACUCAAAUAAAUAACUUACACGUGUUUACAGUUAGCUGUUAGCCGCCGAGCUAACCGCUCUGCUGAUCAGAGACUGCGGACGGAGCAGAUUGAAACGUUGCUUUCCUACAUGUUUAACCGUUUCAUCAUGUUUAUGCUUGUUGAACAGGUGUAAUCAAACCAUAUUUACUGAUUCAGUUUCACAGGUGCUAAAGCAUUUAUGGGAUCUACCUCAUCAGUCGCAUAA